AUGCUGCGUGUUGUGGUCGCCUGCUUCGCCUUCGUGGCAUCUGCUUCAGCUACUGCCUUCACUGACAUGAACUGCACCAAUGGAGAUGCAGCAGCGCCGGCGUUUCUCCCAACGGCAACGGUAUGCGAUGACAAGUACUCGACAGCCGCCUGCGCCUCACUUUUCGGUACAGCGGUCGUGCCGGAAGGAACCACAGACAGGGACGCGAAAUGUCUGACGGACGCAGAUGUGAAAGAGAUCGCCAUUGCCAACUGCCCAAAAAGCUGUGGCUUUUGCUGCAUGACUCCUGAGUACACGUGCAAAAACGCUGACUUUCCACGAGUGAAAUGCUCCACUGUAACUCCAGCCCAGUGCAGAGAUGCCACCUGGAGAACGAUCCUUGCCGAAGACUGUCCAAAUGUCUGCGGUUUCUGCCUUGAAGGUGGAUGCGUCGAUACGGUCAUCGAAUGCGAGAAUGAUCCCUCCAUCUGCAGAAACAUCGACAUGCAGACUUUCGUUAAGGAAAACUGCAAGAAAACCUGUGGUUACUGUCCGGAUUCAACUAGUGUAUCAAGCGCCACCACAGCCUCGAGCGGGAGCGGAUCUUGCCCCAAUGCCGUUGAUUCGAGCUCUAGGCAAUUGCGCGAGCUGGGUGAAAAAUGGCUUCUGUACAAAUACAUUCUACACACUCGACCAGAGGAAGCAGUAUUGUGGAAAAUCGUGCAACCUCUGUUAAAUGGCGAACUCGAGACCACCACACGCGGCAGAAUCUCUGUAGAUAGCACGACUCAUUCUCCUUCGUCAUUUGAAGCAGACUUGACCAAUCUGUUCCAUAUUGAUAAAUCUAUUCGAUAA